AUGAACCGCGAUGACCCACGACUAACCUACAACCAUCCGUACAAGCCCUAUGACAUCCAGGUGCAGUUGAUGGACGCCAUAUAUGACACCAUCCAGAACAAAUACAAAGUGGGGCUUUUUGAGAGUCCUACGGGCACAGGAAAGACCCUCUCCAUCAUCUGCUCGUCAAUGACAUGGCUUCGAAACUACAAGAAAACUCAAGAUCACAGCACAAUGGGCUCAAAUUCCUCAAACGACAACGACCCAAAUCAAACUUCUGACUCGGACGAAGAACCAGAUUGGGUAAAAGAAGCACACAUUAAAAACAUACGGCUGCGAACUAGCGGACUAGCUAUUGACUACGAAAGGCAUCUUGAAGAACUUCUGCAAACACCCCACGCUGGACACACGGUGGAAUUGGGCCAAAGGACUCAUAAGCGUAAAAAAAGAGCCACAAACGAUGAUGAUUUUCUUCCUGAUGACUAUAAUAGUGAUACAGAUCUGAACUCAGUGGAAACAAAAAAUGCUAAACUACAGCAAGAAAUCAACCAGAUCAUGAAACGGGUUGACGGAUCUGACGGAAAGACUCCUGGAUUUGUCAACACGUGCCCCGUCACCAUAUUUUUCUCUUCAAGAACCCAUUCUCAAUUAAGUCAAUUUGCUCACCAACUCAGCAUAACUCUGUUUGAGUCCUCUCUUGGAGAAAUCGCUGAAAGGAUCAAGUUUAUGCCCCUUUCAUCCAGGAAACAGUUAUGUAUCCACCCAAAAGUUUCUUCGCUCUCCAGCGUUUCGGCCGUAAAUGAUGCUUGUGUGGAGCUUCAGCAGAAAUCUGACAAGCGAUGUGAAUUCAUGCCUCGGGUAAACAACCCUGAAUCCGACCAGCUUGUGCAAAGGUUUGCUGACUAUUCAUUCGCGGUCAUCAAGGAUAUAGAGGAAUUGCACGAGUUGGGUGCAGAUCUCAAGGUGUGUCCCUAUUAUGCCUCGAGAAGAAAUAUCGAGAAUUCCGAGAUCAUAGCGCUUCCUUACCAAAUGCUCCUACAGCAAGCAACAAGAAAGUCUCUAGGCUUGAGUAUAAAGGAUAGUAUUGUCAUCAUUGAUGAAGCCCAUAACUUGUUGGACGUAAUAUCUUCGAUCAAUUCAGUCUCCAUUACUCGCAAAGAAUUGAGCUCCGUUAUAGCUUCACUCAAAUUGUACUACAACAAAUUCACCAAGAGGCUCAAUAGCGGAAAUCGCAUCCACUUGAUGAAACUUAUAAAGUUAUGUCUGCUUGUUGAAACUUACAUUAAGAACUGUGAAAUACAAAACAAGUGUGUUCCAGGAAGCGACGUCUUGAUCGACGAACUCUUCCAGGGAUCUACUGGAGAUCUACUCAACAUACACCGAAUUGAAAAGUAUUUGGAUAAAUCGAAAAUUGCCUACAAAAUACAGACAUAUAUUGAGCAGUCCAGAGAGGAAUCUGAUGAAAAGCAAGCCUCAAGUCCACUCCUCUUCAAGGUUACUGCAUUUCUCAAAUCGUUGGUCAACCCUUCAAAGGAGGGCCGUUUCUUUUGGGAUAAGAUUAACGACGAUACAGAGAUCAAGUAUCUUCUUUUGGACCCCAGCGAGAUGUUCAGAGAUGUAGUGGAGAGUGCAAGAUGUGUGCUACUUUGUGGUGGAACUAUGGAGCCUGUGGAAGACUACUACAGGUAUCUUUUUCCAUAUGUACCAGGAGAAAAGAUAAAAAAAUUCACUUGUGGACAUAUUGUUCCUCAGGAAAAUAUUGAAGUGCUCACGGUCUCCCUGCGGAAAACGACCGUGUUUGAUUUUCUGUAUCACAAAAGAAACGAUCCCUCCAUGUUACGAGAGUUGGCAUUAUCGUUACAGGAUAUUUGCGAGAGGGUUCCAAAUGGGAUUAUUGUAUUUGCUCCCAGCUAUAAAUAUUUGAAUCAGUUGAUUCUGACUUGGAGAAAAGACGGUAAUUUGGCCAAAAUCAGUACUUUGAAGCAGGUCUUCUUAGAGCUGUCUGAUUCAACCAGCAUUGAAAGCAUAUUGAGAGACUACGGUGCAGCUGCUCGAGGAAGCGGUGCCAUACUAUUUUCGGUAGUUGGAGGUAAAAUGUCCGAAGGAGUCAACUUUUCCGAUGAACUUGCUCGGGCGGUAAUAAUGCUUGGUCUUCCCUACCCCAAUGCAUUUUCUGGAGAGUUGAUCGCCAAACGAAAGUUUAUCGAGGAAACCACCUUGCUGAAGGGGGGAACCCAGGCGAUGGCCAAGAAAAACUCUAGAGAGUAUUAUGAAAACAUUUGCAUGAGAGCUGUCAAUCAAAGUGUGGGAAGAAGUAUACGGCACGCCAACGAUUACUCGGUUAUCGUAUUGUUCGAUACCAGAUACAACUCCAGCCACAUUCAGCUGAAGUUGAGUGGUUGGAUGAGACUGAGCAUACGGCCAGAACGAGAGUCGUUCGAUAUGACGCUUGAGCGUAUUGCAGACUUUUUCGCAGCCAAGACACUCACCAAAAGAUAG